AUGACCGACCUCCUAUCGCCCAAGUCAAAGUUCCGGUGGACGACCGCCGCCGAGCAGGCCCUGACCGCGGUGAAGCAGCGAUUCAGAGAGUGCCACACCCUAUCACGCCUGGACCCAGACGAACCCAUCUUCGUCCAGACGGACGCCAGCCAAGAGGGCAUGGGGGCGGUGCUCUACCAGGAAGGGGGAGACGGGGAGCGGCGAGUGGCCGAGUAUGCCAGCGCCAAGUUCGGCCCUGCAGAACGCCGCUAUCAUGCAAACGAGCAGGAGUGCCUUGCGGACCCCCAGGGCUGGGAGGAACUCCUGCCACCACCUCACCCACCAGCCAGCGGCACCACGGCACCCGCACCAGCGGCCCUUUACGCCAUCCAGCGGGCGAACCCUACCACCCAGGCAGACACACCAGCCACCCUACUCGCCCUAAUGGAGCAUGUGAGGCAGGCCCAGGUCGACGACCCCGACACGCAGCGCGACCUGGCCGCCUGCCAACAGUGUCAGCAACGCAAGGCGCGCCUUGCGGACGGGGUAGAACAGCAGCGCCCCCGACGACCAGAGGAGCCCUUCCAUACUGUGGCCCUCGACGUCAUGGGGCCCUACCCCCGCACAACCCGGGGAAAGCGCUUCCUCGUUGUGACCACCGACGUGUUCACGCGAUGGUCAGAGGCGUUCGCCGUGUCCAACGCACGCGCAGGGACGAUAGUGGCCCUCCUGGACAACGAGGUGUUCCCCCGCUAUGGGUACCCAAAGACGCUACUAACAGACAACGGUACCGAGUUCACAGGGAGACGUUGGGCGGCAGACUGCCGACGCUGGGGAGUUGAGCAUCACACUACCCCGACGUAUCACCCGAGGGCGAACCCGACGGAGCGACGCAACCAGGACAUCAAAGUUCAGUUGCGCCUCCGCCUGGGGGAUGAUCACUCGAAAUGGGAUGUGCACCUGCCCAAGUUGCUCUACUGCCUGCGCCGGCGAGUCAAUGUUGUUACCGGCCAUUCCCCCGCGGAACUGCUCCACGGUCAGAAACUCGCCCUACCGGGCGAGCUGCGGGUCGCUGAGGCAGCAGGGGCAGUCACCCGCCCACCAGCCAUUGACCUAAGGGAAGAGGCACGACGGCACCAAGCCCAGUUCCUGGCCACCCGAACCCCGCAGUCAGCCACUCUCCCAACACCACUGGAGCCAGGGCAGAUGGUCUAUGCCCGGUGUCACCAUCUGUCGUCCGGCAGAAAGAACUACUGCGCGGGGCUGAGCCCCAAGUGGGCAGCCCCCCGGGAGGUCUUGCUACGCCUAGGCCCCACCACAUACCUCAUCAGACUCCCAAAUGGUAGGGCCACAAAAAUCCACAGGGACGACCUGCGCCUCGUUUCCACUGCCGAGGAUCCCUCUGAGGUCGUCAUCAGCCUGGUCAGCAUCGCAGUGAGAUGGUGCUUCCAUCGAAGCCGCUACUUCCAACUGGGCGAGCGGGUACCCGGUCCUGCUGGGGUACCUCUUCUGGGCAACACUUUGCAAGUGGUCACUCGCAGGGAAGACAUCUUGAGAUUCUUCAAGGAGCUGCGCGAAUGCUACGGUGCCGUGCUAGACGUGGCGGGAGACAGCGAGCUGCAGAGCGUGGCCUUCCUCACUCCUGAGGACCGCGUGGUCGUGGUGCUGGCCAACACGGUGCAGCUAUACGUGGCGGGAGACAGCGAGCUGCAGAGCGUGGCCUUCCUCACUCCUGAGGACCGCGUGGUUAUGGUUCUGGCCAACACGUGA